AUGUUGUUUUUACGGCUCAGAACUAGUUUCCAACAUAAAAGUGUUCGUCUCAUAUCUCAUUUCAAACACCGGAUUACAGACUGCGUGCCGCUUGUACCGCCACGAAAAGUGCGGUCUAAAGAAACUUGUAACCGUCGUCAUAAAGGGCUCGUCUUAGGUGUAUAUUUCAAUGAAAACGUCUUGAGAGAUCCUGCAGUACUGACUGCAAGCGCACGGAAAUAUAACGAACAAGUUUGUGGAAGGUUGUGGUCCUUGUUGAAUCUUGGUCCCAUACCAAGGCUUGGCGAGGCUAGAGUGUUUUACGACUUGGACCCACAUUACACUUUUGUCGCAGUAGCUGGUCUUGGCAGCGAAUGUGCCAAUUACAACAAACUAGAACGACUGGAUGAAACUAAAGAAGCUAUAAGAAUUGCUGCUGGUGUUGGUGCUAUGGCGGUUCAAAAGCUGAAUCCUAAAGAAAUAGAUAUUGAAUCCUUUGGAAACGCUGAGGCUGCUGCUGAAGGGGCAGAACUCGCAGUCUGGCAGUUUAAUGAAUAUAAAACUGCUUCUAUAAAUAAACUAAUGCCUAUGAAACCAAUUCUAAACCUUUACGAUGAUUGUGACAUAGAUGGAUGGAAAAUCGGUUACUUAAAAGCAGAAGCCCAAAACCUGGCCAGACACUUACAAGAAAUGCCUGCUAAUAUCUUACAUCCCACCAAGUUUGCUAAAAUAGCUCUUGAUCUUUUAUGUGACUUGAAUAUAAAUGUAGAGAUAAGAACGAAGGGGUGGGCAGCUAAUCACCGAAUGGGUGGAUUCGUAUCAGUUGGGAAAUCGUCAAUACAAGCACCGCUGUAUUUAGAGAUCAGCUAUUACGGGGCUAACGAACAGACUCGCCCUGUGGUUAUGAUAGGCAAAGGUGUUACGUUUGACAGUGGAAGUUUAGAUUUGAAAUCUUGUAAAGAAUUAAAGUACAUGAAAGGUGACAUGGCUGGAGCAGCUUGUGUACUGGCCAUCACGAGGGCUGCAGCCAAAUUGAAGCUCCCCGUUAACAUCAAAGGUAUUUUGCCACUCUGCGAACUGAUGCCCAACGGAAGUAGUCCGAAAUUCGGUGAUCUCAUCUGUAGUUCAAACAAUAAAUCUAUUCUAAUAAGAAUGCCAUCUCGAGAAGGACGUUUACUCAUUGCAGACAGUUUAAUAUAUGCUCGAAACCUCUGGCCCAAGUUUAUCAUAGAUAUAGGCACCAUGUCCAACGAAGUAUUACACUACCUAGGUGGGGCAGCGAGCGCCUGUUACUCAAAUUCUGAAGACUUAUACCAUUACCUGGAGCUAGCCAGUGCUCACACUGGGGACAGGGUCUGGAGAAUGCCGCUGUGGAAGUUUUAUUGCGACCGAGUGAAGGACUGCGAUAUUGCAGACGUAGCGAACACAGGACGCGAGGAGUACGGGGAUUCUGCCAACUGUGCCGCCUUCCUCAGGCAGUUUGUGGUGGACACCCAGUGGGUGCACCUCGACACGCACAACGUGGCCUACACGAAGGGGGUCGACACCCCGUACCUGCUGCGUGGUAUGACCGGCCGACCGACCAGGACCGUCAUCGAGUUGUUACACCAGAUGAUAGCAGCCUCCAAAUUAUAA